AUGUCUGUUAAUAUUGACGAUUUCGAGGAAUUCUUAACUGAUCAGUUCAAUGAAGUUAGAUUUGCAAAUGACUUGCUUAGGUCGACCAACAAUGGGGUAGAUAGUACCACACUAGACCUAGAAACUCCUGUAAAGAAGAUCAACUAUGACCUCAAGGAAAUAAAUUCCCGUGUUGAUACACUAAUUAACAAGAACCCAACGAUAAUGGUAAAUCAAAUAUACAAAGAAAAAUCUAUCGAUGAUACCAUACAAAGUGGUCUAAAAUCAAGUUUGCAAUAUCUAGAUAUCUCUUAUCAACGUUUACAAGACGAUGUCUUGAUACCAUACACAAAAGCCCAGAAAUUACAAACUAUACUGAAUAAAAUUCAUCAAACUUCAAAUAUAUUGAGAGAUUCUUUAAUAUAUAUCCAUUUAGCUACAAGAAUCCAAGAGAUAAUGGAUGAAGAACAAAAAUUAUCUAUUGAGAGGGCAUCACAAGUCACACAAUUAUACUCUCAGUUACAAUUGGCCAUUCAACAAGAUGUUAAUCUUAAGUCAUUACAGGUUAUCAAAACGUUGGAAAUCCAGAUCGGAAAAGAUUAUAGAAGGAGACUGUUAGAUUAUCUUGUUCUCACAUUAACUAAGGAAUGUAUGAAUACAUUUAAAAUUCAAAAUAAUAAGGACACCAUUAAAAUCUUAGCAAAAAAUCUCUUUAUAUUAUCACCUCCUGAGUUUUUCAACACCAUUAAUAAAAUAAUUCUUUCUCACGUAAACAUUAAUUCUCAAGUGUUAAUGAAAACAAUUAAUUCAGCCAAAACAUUCCCAGAAACAUUUGAUGAAAUUGUUAAGAAGAGUCAUUCAAUAUAUGCAUUAGAAAGGAUAUUGGGUGACGUACACGUGAAAACGAACUCAAAUUUACUUGCAGAAUAUUCAUCCCAAGGAAAACUCCAAGGGAUGACUGUACGUGAUUUGUUUUGGUCAAGAAUAGCCUCUAACUUCAAGAAAGAGAUAGAUAUAUCCUUCAAGAGAGGUGGUCCUGUGGGGAAAGCUUUACAGAAAAAUAGAAAAAUACUAAUUGACUCAAUAAACAAAUCCAUGCUAAAAUCAAGCGAUAGAAAGGAUUACCAAAAACAUUCAGAUAUGAUGCUUAGAUCUAUUUCUAUUUUAUCUACGGAAAUUCGAGUAUAA